GUGGACUCUCUCCUUCUUUCGGGGGAGACUUUGAAACUUCCUUUUUUGGGUUUGUCUGGCUCACCAGAUGUUUCCUGAACACACCGUGUCCCUAACUCUCUCUCCUCCGCCGUGGUGAAAGGCAUGGGAUGACGAAGAGAGGGAAUCUGUUGUUCACUCACAGUAAAGCCAAGCACAGAGAGAUACCUGGAGUCCAACUGAGGAAGACUUCUCCGUGUGUGUGUCUCUCUGCAGAGCUGACCAAGGCAUUUGGGGACUGGGACUAACUUUGGCUGCAGAGACAGAGGACACUCUAACCCACCUGGGCAGCAUACACAGAAACGCACUCUAUUCCUAACGCUGUGUUUUUAAAAGUUUCUUACCUCCACUUUUUUAAGGGGAGUGGAAACUCACAAACAGUAGUCUUUCUGCGGUUGUUAGUGGUCAGGCGAUGUCGUGGGACUGUGGCCUGAGGUACAUGUUCUCUGUGUCCCCUGCGCUGCAGCAAGGGAGCAUGUGCAUCCUGCAUGACAAGGAGGACCUGUCCAGACUGGAGAUGGUCCAGAGACUGGCCAAGGAUGGCUGCCGCUUUCUGCAAAACCAGAACAAGGGCUUGGAGAGGACAAGCGAGGUGAGAUACAAAAUGACCAUUGUGGCCAGACCCUCAAAAAAUUAUUUUAUUACAUUUUUGAAAGUUUUUAAAAAAAUCUGUAUUCUUAAACAGAUCAUUAUACAUAUAACAAGGUCCUUUAUGUGAAAUGCAGCACUCUUCAAUUCAUCACCCUGAAUAGCUAUUUUUGUCCUGCCAAUCAAGCUGCUUAUCAGAUAGUCCUCUUUAUGUAAUCAUGACCCUUACUUAAUUAGCAUGUAGCAUUGAAUUUUCAGUCUCAGAGAACCAGAUUAGUUUCACUCUGAGCUAUAUUGUGGCAUUUCAUGCUGUAGUUUUGUGUCUCUUGGUGUCUUAUCUUUAGCUAAAAUGUCUCAUUCAUCAAACCUUUAUUUGACUCAUGUUUCAUUGUAGCCUCCUCGAAUUUUAUCAUUUCUCUGCUUUCUCAGAAAAUGAAUGGUGACAUUAAAAACCUGUCAGCAAAAAGCUUUCUCCGGUGAGGUGUAGUCAAGUGUGAAGGAAACUUAGAUUAAGACAGAUUUGUUAUUGUUUCUUGAUGGUAUACUGAUAAGUACAGUGGGUUAUAUGGAUUAGAAAUAAAGUUAGUUAUGGGCUUUAACCAUUAGAUUCAAUAUUGGCCAGAUCGGUUUACAUUAAGCCAAAGCAAAUCGUUAGAUUAUAGGCAAACUUGGGCACCAGUAUCACUACCAUCCUUAUUUUAUAUUAAUCCAUGAGUAUUUUUUAUGUUCAAAUAACAGUUACCAGAAAGUCAUUCAAAAUGAAAGUUACAAUAAGAAAGAAAAAGAGUCAAGGGGUUGGUCAAAAAUCAAGGUGCGAUUGCUCAUUUAUUUUCCUGGAUAACAUAUAUAUAUAUUUUGUUGUUGUUUUGUUUCUGGUUAUUUUGGCACAGAGACAAACCCAAGUUAGAGAGCUAUUAAUGCAAUAGUAAUGCUAAAAACCCAGGGCUUCAAAAUUAUAAUAACAAAAUAAUAGCUAAUCUAAUGUAAGGGACAGGACUGGUAAACAUGGGAUGAACAGUCAUAAUUUUUCCACCCCCUCUUAAAAACAAAACAAAAUUGCAGAUACUGUAUGCUCAGUUCUACUUUAUAUAUAUAUUAAAAAAAUGCCAUCAGCUUCAUCUCGACUGUGUAUGCGAUCUGAUUGGUUGACCUUGUGGUGGGCUCAGCUUCUCCCUUCCUGCCAGCUGUAUGAGCACACACUGAACUGUCAGACAAUGGCAGGAAAAGUUGAUGCAAGUGGUUGGACCACCAUGCCAAGAGAUUGUGUGGUUUUUGGGUGGAUACCAGUGCUUCAAGUCCCUGACCUUUUCUGCAAACACAAAUACAAGUUUUAUCUCCUAAUCUAAGUUACUAUUCAAUGGAAUGACCUUUCAUGUGCUCUAAACAAAUGCCAGUCCAUGUGCUGCCAAAUGUUAGUGCUGCACAAUACAGUUUCACUUUAGUUGUUUAAUAACAUAUAAAAUUGCAAAUUAUCUCAUAUUUUAAACAUAAAAAAAUUGUUGUACUCUAAUGGUGCAUUUUGUAUAAAUGAUAUAAUCCUGGCAGUAAUGGCAGGAUAUGCCAACCCCAUACUAAUACUUGACAUUAUCUAAAAAUGUAAAGAUUAAGUCAGAUUAUCUGGUAAUGUUUCAAGAUUAUGGAAUGGUUUUACACUAAUCCAGUGAUGCUACAAUGCAUGUCCUGUAUCACAUGUGACUCAUGUAAAUGUGAGAGACCAGACAUAAAAGGGCUUAGAAAUCUCUGAAGUCCAAGCUGGUAGAAACAGGGAUGCUUAAUAAUCAGUCAAUGUGACGUUCAUGAGAAAAUAUGAAAGACGUUUUAGUGCGGAGCGAUCAUAAAUGUUAUGCAACGUCCCACAUUUGAGUCUAAGCAUGUUUCUGGGUCUUUUCCUUUGGUGGUCUACAGACAUUAAUUAUUAAUUUAGCAGUUAAAAAAAAUAACCAGCUUUAAAUUUUACAGCAAAGAGUUUUGUGUUUGGAAACUUCUUGUCCUUUUCCUUCAUUACUAUUAUCUAUUUUCUAGCAGAGCUGUGCAUGAUCAUGUGUGACACUUUCUUACACCUUACGUAACACAGUUUGUAAAAUUUCCUUAGCUUUGCUCAAAAAUCAGAGCUAUUGUUCUCAUGAAGCAUAUGAAUGCAAAGGAAUUUACAUAUUAUGCACAGAAUCUUGUUUACGGUAGAUUUUCUGAUCUUGAAGAGAAAGUUGAGCUAAUUAAAGCCAGAGAUAAUGAAUAGCUUCUGCAUCAAAGCGUUCUUUGAAAUCAACAGUGAUGUGUUCCUUUUUUUUUCUUUGUAUUUUGCAUGAUCCAUGCUAUAUUUUGAGAGAGUAUGUAGUUUGAGUCUGCCCCCUGUCAUGCCUGACACCUUCCAGGUUUCAUACCAUGCAUGCCAGAGCUGCUGUAGCAGCACAGAGACUUGCAGACCAAAAGGGUCCCUCCAGCCUGUAGAUUUUUUUUGGAGCCCUUAAAGAGACGUAAAUUGGUGAAACACAGCUCUGUAUGGUGGAAAAAGUUGUAUUAGCUAUAUCUCCACUGACUAAUGGUGUCAAUGUUUGGAGAAUUUUAGGAGUCGCUCUUAGUUGAGGUCAUUCUCAGGUCAGUAAAUCAACAGCUCAGCCCAAGCACUUUGACUCAUCCACUCAAGUGGUUUGGUUGUGUUUUGGUUUGGGUACACUGCUAACCACAAAGCCCAUUUUGUAUGACAGAGGGAUCUGCUGCAGUGACAGUAACAGCAAAAGCAGGAUCAAUAAUUCAUUGUGAGGAAAGGUUUGUUUGCUGUUUGACCCUGUUAAUUAUAGCUGCGGAUUCAACCCGCUUUGUUGCCAGGCUAAGUAAGAGAAAAACAGUGUGCGUUUUCAAAGAUAAGAGCACAACGUUUACUUCACGAGAUGAAUCAUGAAGCUUAUCGACGCAACUUCCUAUCUUGGAAUUUUCCAUCUCUUUGCUUUACCUAAUUUGAGAGCCUAGAAGGAGAAGUAGAGCUAGCAAAAUCAGUUUCAGCUUUUAAAUUUCUUCCUAAAACACUUCAUCAUAAACAGGCUUUAAAUAAAACAUAAGAUGUGCGAUAAGAUGUGCUACGUAACUGAUCUUGACAUUUUAGCUGUGACAGUGUUUUUAAUCCUCUCAUUUGAGCCUCUGCUUGUUAAUGUGUUGUUAGUUGUACUUGCCUACUUCUCAUAUAACCUGUUACUUCUUUGUUUUUAUGAAUCAUGUUGUUUUUGGAGAGUACACUGUAACUUUGUCUUUGAAAGAACUAAUAUCCAAACUCGGUUUUUAUUUCCACCAAGGCCCUACUUUUAAAUUAUACAGCAGGUCCUCUGAUAGGGUAACGAGAGACAUUUUUGAGUAUGUGGAAGCAAUUUUUCUGCAUAAAUGCACCCGUCUGCUUGUGUGUGUGUGCUUCUAUUCAGAUAAGUUAUGAAUUCCUCAAUAGCCACAUAAAAAGCCAUUCAAAUUUUUAAGCCAUAAAUCUCAGCACUGAAUGAAUUACUUGAAAACAUUACUAUGAAUGGUCCUUCUGCUGGUUUGAUAACGUUUCUGCCGUUUAUGGAGGUGCCUUUGGGACUAUCUACAACAGGGCUAAAAACGUGACGUUCUCAGUUUAAGAUAUUUUGUUGUUUUUAUCUUUAUUGUCAGAGUUACAGUUUGUUUAAAUGUGAUGAAUUCAUCUUUGUAUAGGUUGUUUUUCUCUACAGCAUGCAUGUUUGUGUUUCUGUAUGUCUGUCCACAGGUCCUAGAUAUGUGUUGAUGUGCCAGGAAGUCAUGCUUAACUGAAGGGUCCUGGAUUCUUUCUGUAAAAGGCAAUUAGGGCAGAGAAAACUGCAACCACUUCCAGCCUGUCUGCCUAGCUAAUUGCAUGCACAGAGGCUUGUGUUGCAUUGACUGAUGGCUGAGGAGCAGAGGGGAGGAAAGGAGGGGGGGUGGCUGAUGCAGAAUGCAUGUGCGUGCACUAUACAGUGAACUCCUCAUUAAGACCAAUAUCUCUGAUCCAGACCCUCCUUUGUCAAGCAGUUUCUAGCAAUCUUUGCACUUCAGAGAUGCUACAACAAGCUUUUCUUCAGUAAAAAAAAAUGUGGUUUAAAAAAUGUUGAAGUAGAUAAACCAGUAAAUGAGUGGGGUGAUCUUUGGUGUUUAGAAGGAUUUCUAUCAAACUACAGUUGUCAUUUGGAAAACAUCUGAAUAUAAGUAAGUUUUAGCCUCUUGUGGUGGUUUGUGCUUCUUAUUGGUGUUUAGGUCUGCUUGAUCUUGUCCUUUAAUAUGCUUCACCCUUCAUGGAUUAUUGCAAAUUUUGAUUAUUUGUGUUUUUGUUGAAGAUUAUUCAAGAACCCAGUUGUUUGAAGAGAAAAUCCAUGACACUUUAUUAUCCAGUGUUUAAGGAAAAUGUAAACACAGUGUAGUUUUCUCAGUCAUUUCUUUAUUUUUGAUGUUGCCUUUGCUUUACCAGAUAAAACCAGGGUAUCAACAGACUUUUUGUUAACUUUGUUAAGGUUAAAUGGGUUGGAUAGAAGACCUAAACUCUUUUGCUGGAAUUAUAUCUAAAACACAAAAAGAAUUUGUCACUGUGUGACUGUGUUAUUGAUAAAAAGAGGAAAAGAAAACACUGUUAGAUAGAUUUAAAUAAUUGUCUUGGUGGUCAGAAAAGUACCUAUUAAUAUGGGUUUGAGUCCUAACUCUGGACCACUAGCCCUUUGUGGUUAAACAGAGUUGAACCUUGAUAUAACAGUAUUAAAAUAGUCAGUCUCCAGACACCGCCCGUGAUUUAAUAGGCUCUACAUAAAAAUCAGUAAUUAAAAUUUGUGCGAGUCUUUUAUGUUAAUCCCUGAAUGGGCUCCACCGAUAAGGGCUGAAUAAUGAAGUAUGGAAAUUCACCUUCGUUUACAGUGCCGGCUUUGGACAGAGUAUUAUGAUGGAAAUCAAUGGUGAUUUGUGUGAGUGAGAGGCAGAGAAUUCAGGGAAUCUCCUUGGUGAUAACACACUCCCCCCUCCCCUCCCCCUUUUCUUUCUCUCUUCAGCCACAGAGUGACGAGGCAGUCCGUGUGUAUGUAAGGGAGAGGGGCCACGAUGUGCUGGUCCUCCAGAGAGUGUCGUCACAGCAGCCGGCCCCCUCUGCAACCUCGAGGGGAGGGGGGAAAGAGGAGGCGAGAAAUGGGAGGUAAGUCUUUCCGCUCCCCCCUCCUUCCUAGAUUCUCUCUCUCUCUCUCUCUCUCUCUCUCUCUCUCUCUCUGUCUCUCUGUGUGUGUCUCCUUCUCAGCACUCUCCUCCUCAUCAGUCUCCCUCUCCUUCUCUCUGGAUCACACACUCACACAGGCACUCUUGCAUCAUGACUCCCUGCACAUCAAUGACUACAUUUAACACAUAUAAGUGAUCAGCAUGGGACUGUGAAGCUGCAGGCUGCAUCCCGUCUCAGCAGUGAACAAAUCAGGGAAAUCUCAGUGUGCUUGUGGGAUUGCCAGUAGUGGACUUAAGGCUGUGGCAGCAGCAGGUGGACCCAUGGGUAGGUGAAGGGGGCAUGCAGCUGUAACCCUGGCAACGUAGCCCUGUGUGUGAAGGCACAGGGACUCUCUAAAAGGAUGGGAUCUCGACCGCAGCCUCCAAACCUGCGGCAGGAGGAGAGCGGGCUGCUGCACGCUGCCCUGGUGGAGCAGGAGGAGGAUGAGGACGAUGAGGAGGGCUCCGAAGAGUGCAGCAGUGACAGCACCAGUCGGGCAGAGCCGCUGACCAUGCCCACCUUUGACGUUCCUUACUUUCGCUACAUAGAUGAUGAGGGGACUGAGGGAGAGGAGGAAUGGAGCAGCAGUCGCUCUCUGUCCUCAAUAGAGGAGGACUUGUCCACUGAUUCUGUUGUUUCUGACAGGUAUGUGGUGGUAUCAGGGACCCCUGAGAAGAUCCUGGAGCACCUUCUGAAUGACCUGACACUGGACGAGGAGCAGGGGACCACACAGAGUAAAGAGUCAGGUCAGCAUACACACUUUCAUGUCACAAAAGCAAUUUUUGUAUUUCGAAAUGUCAGAUUAUUAGAUGUUAACUAGACAACUGAGCAACUAUUCAUGUUCUUAAAGUACAGACAAAAGUAGAUGGAGAACUAGCUCCCUUUACUCUCAGUUUUAAGUCUCCCCUUGUCACCUCCUCCCUUCUCUCUCAGGAGGAGCUGGGACAUUAGCCCCCUCUGGGCAACACUACAGAGCUAAUCAUGUGAUAUCAUUCCCAGAAUGCCACUAAGUUGGAGCCUGUUCAUUUGAAAGCCUCUGACAGAGAUAAACGCUGCUCACAUCUUAUAAACGAUGUUGCAGCUGACUGCAUGUCACGCAGUCCAGCAUCCAAGUGAUGACAAAUCAACACAUUUCCUCUCAUCCCAGCAGGUACAUGAUAAUGUGACACUGUUGCCAAGGCAGAGGAGACUCUUUGAUUGAGCUGGAAAGAUGAUUCAAUCAGAGAUGAUAAAUGAGAUCAAUGGCAAAGUCAGACAAACAGAAGAUUACAAGAGAGCAGAUUUUACCCUGCACUGGUUAUUGGAAUUAGAUACAACAAGGAAACGCAUAUUUUCCCUGGGAGACAGAGGCGGUCACACAUGGUCUCUCAUGGAGAUGGAGGCAGGCUUAAUCCCAUACCAGAGAUCAUUACUCAUUUUGAUGAGGAAGUGAAUGAAAUUGAUCUAAGUGUCCUCUCUGGAGACAUGCAUGUGGAUGCAAAAUGGUGCAUUUUACAUGCACAAGAGAGCAAUAUUUCACGUAAAAUUACUUAUUUUAUUGCUCUAACAGAGUUGUAAUAUUGUGUAGAUUGGUGUAAAUUGAAAUACGAAGGAAUCUCUCCAUUGCUCAGUACAUGUCUUGUUAACUCCUCUAAGUGUUACCUUCUCGCUCAUAUUCUAGAGGCUUUUUCUUAAUCAUUCACUAUUAGCUCACAUUGCAAUUAGUGUAUUGGAGUCAACCUCCUUUGGGAGUGGAAGACCUUAGAGUAAUCCUGAACGAUAUUCAGGGUCAAAGACCCACAGACCUGAAGCAGAAGGAAUGACCCGAGUCCUGAGCAGCAAUUGAUCUCCUCUCAGUAAUGUUUAAUAGCCCGACUCCUGCUGGCCUUGCUUCUCUCUGCUAAACCUCGCAACAUGCUCGGGUGCUACUGCCAAGUGUGCCCUUGGAGGUUCAGCUCAGCAGAACCAUGACAGCAUGAGAUCCUUGAUUUCAUCAAAAAGAGAUUUAUACGAACAUGGACCAAGCUGCCAUGUUUGGUCUUUCACUUAAGGAUAGCUAAGAGAGAGAUUGUGCAGCAACAUGACAGAUGAUUGCAGCAGAUUAUUGAUGUAGAGUUUAUGAUUUACAAGCUGCACAGCACAUUAGGAAAGCCAGUUUUAUCUCAUCAUAUGCUUCCUUUUUUACUCAACACACAACAUUAAGAAUGCAGAGGAGCUUUCUGUGUUUCUGCAAGAGAUGGCACUUUUCUGGAAGCACCACAGGCAUGUUAGGGGCAAAGCAAAACGUGAACCACUGGAGUCGACUGAACUGUGUUGAGAUCUCAGAAAUGCUGCUCUCUUUCUGCUAGUAUUGUGCUUAGGACUGACAAGUGUUUGUAGCUGUCUUCUCUGUGUAGCCAUUCAUUUUUCCUCUGCACAGGUUUUUAUUGUACUCUGUCUGCUCUUGAGAGGGAGCUUUUUUUCUCCUUGUGAGGAUGCUGUAACUCUUUCUAUAACGGUGGGAGAUGCUGAUGCUUAUUUUAUAGAAAAAUAAAACACAGCAAAGCAAAUGAGCAGGUGUUUAUUUCUAAUCAAAGACUGUCAUGAUAAUUUAAGGUUUUAGCACCAGGAGGUUGGGUUGUGAUUGUCACUGAGCCAAUAAAUGACACAUUAACAUUAUGAUCUUAAAGGCUGCAUUGAUUAUUCUUAUGUGCACUCAUUGGAAUGCAAAAGAGAUUGGCAGGUUGAUUGACAGGGUGAUUGCUUCACAGUAAAUUGACAAGCUGGAUCAAUGGAUCCAUACUACAUUUCCUUUAAAAGGAGACUGAAUAUGUUUUGGUUUAAGUGCUUGGAAGUUUGGUGCCAUCUUCUCUGUAGAAAUAUUCUGGUAUAAUAUUUCUAUUUCCAGUACUGAUUACAAUUCUUGCAAUUUUUCUUCCAAUUCAACACUGCUAGUUUGCUGGGUUCAUACAAAACUACAUCUAUAAGAGUUACAUUUAAAAAGUGAGCCCUUAUAACCCUAUAUGAACACAAUUGAAGUGCAAUCUCUCUGUGUACACUAAGGGAAUCCCAAUCCCAAAAAUUAGCAUCUAAAACAAGCCAACUCAAUGCUGGCAUAAACAAAUCUGCCUGUCGAGCAGUGUCCACAAGUGUGCACCUACUCAAAAUACUAAUUUUUACAUGAAACUUACUUACCACUUUGACCAGGAUACAAGACAUGUUUUUCUCCCAAAUAUCUCCAUAAAAGAUGGAAUCAUGUUGUAUUUAAGUUUUGUGUACUAAUCUUCUGGUGUUGAUGCUGUUGUAUUGUGAUUGUGUCUGCAAUAUCAGCUCUGAAAGUGAAGUGUGCAAUGAGGUGGUUCACUGUAGAGUCCACUCUCUCUGGGAUACUGGCAGCUGUCAGGAUAAACUCGAAGUGUUUCAGUACACAGGGGCUUUUCUGUCUGGACCAGGCCCCUUUAAAAGACAAGGCUACCUGAGGUGAUUGUGGAAUAUAUUCGAGUGAAAUAGUGUUAAUUUUGUUUGAUGACAAUGCUCAGGCAGAGGCAUGCAAUCAGUUGACCCAAUAGAAUCUGUUGACUGGUAAAGAUCUAGUAAGUAGCCUGAGCCCUAGACAGAUGUCUUUGUCUGCUGACUGCACAGAAAUACGGACAAUCAAACUGUUUUGAAUAGAUUCAUUAAAUUCAGAUUAUUUUAGCAUCAGUAGAUCUGUGCUCUUCCUGUGCUAUUGCAGACAGAAGCUGCUUUUGAGGAGUGAAACAGCUGACUUUGCACAGAUGGAUUGACUGUCUCUGUAAAUAAACAGAAAUAGUCUGGAUGGUGUGUUGUAAAUCAUUUGAUAUCAUCCCCAGUCCACCAUGAGCUUGAAUACAAAUUUCUAAAGCACCAAAGUAUUCUUUAUAGCAUACCCCAUACACAGUAUGAAUACUAUGGUGGUCACUGGAUACAGCCCCUGGCCACGGCUCUUAGCUGCAUUACUGCCUCUCCUUUGUUGUCCUUUCCAACAGAGAUACAAGGAGGGGGUUCAUCGCUUGUUGCUGUAAAUGUGCUAGCCCUGGCUAGCAUCUUCCUCACCAAUAGCACCAAACUGUUGUUGUGCACUUUUCUCAAAUAAUAAAUCACUUGAAAUUAGUUCCUCUAAAGCAUCGAGUGACAACCAAAGAUAAUGUGAUUUUGAUAUUUUGGCACUGUUUUAGGAAGAAUAAAAUCAAUACUUCAGGGUCAAGCCAAUGGAAAAUGAGGAAUUACUUGUGAAUCCAUACUGAUACUUUUGAGUUCUGAGCAGUAUUUGAGGCAUUCCCAGAACAAAUAGAGCUAUAAGUGAACUUUUCUUUAUCGAUUCAUACCAGCUGGUGACUAGAAAGUGUAAUAAAGAAAUUACAUUAUUUGCAUGUUAGUAAAUCCACUCAAAAAACCUUAUCAAUGCAGCCCAAUUCUUGCAUUAGUGUCUCUUGGCCCAGUUAAUCAAACAUAUCUUUGCUUAAAUUAAACAUAUAUUGUAUAAUUUUGUGUGAAUAUGACUGUUUUUAUGUACGUCUGACACUCUGUUCACUGCUGCCAUCUUGGCCUGGACACUCUUGAAAAAGAUUAUUUUUUUAAUCUCAAUGAGGGUUUUCUCCUGGUUGAAUAAAGGUUGACUAAAAAAUAAGAAUAAAACAAAUUGAUUGUAACGCUGCUCGGAAGGACAGAGGCCUCUUUGCUGUGUUACCAAGAAAAUAACACCAAGAAAUAACUGAGUAUAACUUUAGGUUUGAGAUUAAAUAUUUAUUCUGUUUUCUAUCUUCAAAAAACUUCAGUGUACAGCCCAGGGGUCUAAUGUAAGGGGUUACUCACUAGAAAGUGCUCCAUUUAAGAUAGCUGGGAGGAAAAAAACAAACACACAGCAGAGUUGUUGAGUGAGUGAGUGUACAGUGAAUGUGUGCAGAGGGGAGGAGGAACAGUACAGUAUGUGGGUGGAUGAUUUAUUUGAGUUGUUUUCUGGCUUUGCUUUGAGGUGCUGUUGUUGUUUUUAUUUUUUUCUUUCUUUUUUUAUUGGAGCUACACGUGUAACCCCUCAUAAGCAGUGAGUGAUGCAUGCACAGCUGCUCAGCACGGAUUAACAUAAUGAUGUCAGGGAGUCCUGUGGACCAGAACGCUCACAAAGGCCUGGGGAAGCCAGUGUGAAAUUAAAGAGCAGAAUUUACAAUUCUGCAUUUGAGAAACACGUACAGACAGCCUGAGAGGAGGCUGGCCCCAACAGGAUUUGUGAGGUUUGUCGCUUGCAGUCAGGCUUCGUGUCAGAGAAUCACUGUCCUGACAUUUUUUUAUAUGCAUAAGAAAUGUAUUUAAGGGGCUCAUAUGUCUCUUUCUGACUAUAUGUUUUAAUAUCUUACAAACAUUUCAUUAAAGAUUUUCUUAAAGAGACCUUCAAGGAAAACUAACAAAUCAAAGCCAUAUUUAUUAUUUUCAUUUAUCACAAUGAGAAAUAAUUGUUGUGAUGCUGUUGACUAUAAGUGCACUUCAUAUUGUGGGGAUGUGUCAAAGUGAGCCGGUGAUCUAUUUGACCAGCUUUAAUCCAUUUACUGACUAAUUUCCACAUGGGUAACCUUGAAAAGAAUUCAAACAAGGACACGGGAAAAUCAUGUAAACACAUUAGGAAGGUGGCGAGACAACGCCGGAUUGCUUUUCUGUUUUAAAGAGAAUCAUGACCAAAACAUAGACAUCAUUGGAGGUCAGGGAAAGUCGACUGGGACGUUAACAUUAGCUUAUCUUCAGUGAUACAGCCUGCAAUGUAUGAGACUGAUGACGCAGAACAGGCCUGUUUGAACUUGUAGGAGAAAAUUUGAACUAACGAAUUUUCACAGUGAAGACCAUGAAGAUAAAUGUGCCACAAAAGUGUCUCUGCUUACUGAUUUAACCGAUAUUCCACGUUGAAGACUGACUGAGCUCUCCUGGUUUUAUUAAUGAGGGAAACAUUAAAGCGGGCUUCCCUCAAUAAAAAGUACAGGCCUACUGUUUGUGCAGCCCAGCAGCCAUUAAUCAUACUCUUGUCAAGGUCACCUGUGUACUACUCCCUGCAGCAUCCUGUAACAAAUGUAAUGAGGUGGAGUGUGUAGUUUAUGUAAUGGGUGCACAAAGUUAGUCGUGAAGUUCCUCAGAUCCCAGGCAUCCUUGUUAUAUAAACAGCCACUUCUGGCUGCAUAAGAACUGAAGCUGCACAUGUUAAGUGUAAAAUGUUCAUGUUUUGUUUGUCUGUUUUCUCUUUGCAGAUACACUCCUGGAUGACUUUCUGCUCACAUACCCAGUGUUCAUGUCAACCAGCGAUUUAUGUCAAGCUCUGCUGGGACAAUAUCCUUUAAUUCAGGACCAUUACUAGGGCUGGGCGAUAAACCAAAAAUUUACAGAUACCGAAUUUACGACAAUAACUGACAUCAUUUUACCCAUAUCGGUAUAUUUGGUGUCAAAAUAAAUAAAUAAAUGAAAGUUGGUUUUGGAUGUGUGUAGGUAGGCUAUGGUCUCAUGUCCCUUUAAGUCGCUGUCCUACGUCAGAGAUGUGACUCCACCCCAUCCAGUCUAUAACAAAGAGGGAAAGACAGGUGAGGAGAUGGAGUACGGUUCAAAAGCUGGAGUGUCGGCUGAAAGAGACGAUGUUAAUGUGGGAGGGAGUGAGCAGCUUGUGGAGUAGUUAUCAUCCAUUAAUUGUUAUCGAGGUAAACUGCUCAAUAUAUUGUGAUAUUGAUUUGAAGCCAUAUCGUCCAACCCUAACCAUUACUACAUAAAUUCACAUAAUAAUCCACUUUUAGCAGAAGCAACAGAAAGACAAAGAUGUCAAAUGUAUAAUCAUAAGUCCUGUAUUGACUUCAAGUUGCCCAACCUCUGUCUCGCUGCCCAUCCUUAAGUCGACAUCAAAAGCACAAAAGCACCGUCCCUUUUAUCAUUCAAUAUCAGAGAAUAGACCCUCUUUCUCCACUCAAGCUGAAUCCUUAACCAAAUCUCACCUAUUGCUCCAAGCGAUACAAAGGAAAGGAAGACAAGAAGGAGGCUCUGGAGAGGAAACGAAAAGUGCUGCACCUGGUGUCACAGUGGGUGUCUCUCUGCAGUGAUUUCCUGAGGGAGGACGAGCACGUCAAACUGUUCAUGAAGGUAAACAAUGCACUGCACAAGGAAAAGGGUGGGGAACUUGAACAGGAGGUGAUUUCAACAUGAGAAAAAUGAAAAAUGACAUUUCCUUCCAGAGUUUGUGUCGCUACGUGCUGGACGAUCUGUACGAACACCCAGCACUGGAGAAGGAUGUGAGGGAGCUGCAGCAGCUGUACAUGCUUCAGCGCUUCAGACAGUGAGUGACCACUUCAUUACUUACUCUGUCAGUGUAAGUCAGUAGAUACAGGAUAACUCAAAACAUAUCGAUACAAAUAAUCAAUCAUUCAUGAAAAGUGAUGCAUUUAUUGAUAUCAAGCGGCGUGUUUACACCAGUGGGUUUGACUGAUUUUGUUUGAGAUCUGGAAAGAAGCAAAGACACUCGCUGUGAAGAUAUAAUGAGCUCCUUCUCUGCUUGGUGGCUCUCUGUAUCCUCUCAUAAAUGAAUCCAUUCAGAGGUUGAAGAGUAAUCACUGUGUUCUGGCUGUUAUGCUCAGAAAUUUGAAGGUCACAGAGCUUUUUAUGUCCAGAUUACUAAAAUGAGGAAAUAAUUCUUGAGGAAUUUUGAGCAUUAGUUGAAAGUCUCCAAGUUCUUGUUGCUUAGCAUGAAAAAAAAAAAAAAAACGUGGUACACAUCCUAACGGCGUCUGACUUGUUAAGUGAUUAUGUAACUUAGCCUGUGGUCAAAAAGAAAACAUGAAAGCUCGUACAAAAUGUGUUGGAGGGUAUCAGCUUUAUGACAAUGUGUAGAGCCAUAAUAUAACAGAUACGCGCAAUAGCUUCUCCCUUGCCUUGUCUCCACCUCCUUCCAAUCAUGAGUUGUGAAGCCAAGAUACACCUGGUGCCGAAAUACUGAGUUGGUGAGCAAAGGCAUGUGCAAAGAAAUCUGGCUGGUUGAGCUGUGGGACUGAUGUCACACCCCUUCAGCUGAUAAAAACACUUUGAAUAAACAAAUAUAACAUUAGGGAUUCCUCAGGUUUGCUUUGCUCUGCUUUACUUUGACUCUUUUUUUCGAACAUGUGCAUGCAACACAAGAAAGUAAACUGAAAAAAAAAAAAAAAAAACAGGUUGGUACACUCCACAGCAGAACAGUCUUAGGAUGGUUUAAAACACACACACUCAAGUUUAUGAAAAGUUUCAAGACUCUGUCUGUGGUCCUUAUUGGUCCUCCUCUACCUUGCCAGUUUGUGAAGAAAGCUAUCAGAGUCAUGAGUCAGUCAUUUUUUUGACAUCAAAUGAUGAAUUAAAGCAAAACCUUUUACAGCAAUGAAAACUUGAACACAAAUUAGCAUCAUGAAUACUUCAUACACUGCAUGUGUGAGGACUUAAAGUUUUGGCUUAAUGUAGGAUAGCUUUUGUUUGUAUAUACGUGCAUAGAUAUGGAAGUAUAUAUGUAUGUAUAAAGUCUUGGUUUUAGUAUUAAUGAUUAGUUAUCUACUCAUGCUAGACUUUGGAGCUUUGGUUACUUUUUGGCAACAUCAGAAAUUCUUAAAGACAUGUAAAGGGUAAAUGAAAAGGAAGGAAUGAGGGUAGGUACAUAUAAGCUAAAGAAUUUCAACCUACUCCUUUUUGAUCUCCAAAAAAUAGGAAAUUCCUUGUGUAAAAUUGUACUGUAUGUAUAAUUGAUCAAAUAAACAAGUUAUUUUUAAGUUUUGUUCCAGCCAUGUUUGAACCUUUACACAAGACAGAAAACACUCCUGUAAAUAAGAGACUCAGUAAAUGUGGGAGCUGGUAACUGAGGAAACACGAUCAUGUUAAUGAGGACACACCAGAGAGAGAGAAUACAAUAUUAAAGCUCCAGAUGUGGAGCUAAAAUAACCAAAAUAGAGAUUAUAUUAAUAAGAUAACAAAGGACUAACUGAUUGAUCCAGUGAAGUAGAAUAAGAUCAUAAAACCCAAGAUAAGUCAUCAAACCAAUUGAAAUAAUAUAAUAAAUCAAAUACAUAAAUAAUGAAUGCAUUAAUGUUACCCUAUGAACACAUUUUUAGAGAGUUUAAACCAGACACACUCUGUUUUUUGCAUCUUUUGAAAUUAUUGGAUCAAUUCUUACCAUGACUAUUUAUUUCAGUAAUUUAUUUCAGAGUCUUAAGAUUCAAAGACGUCAAGAGCUACAUGUGUGCAUUAUUGUUGAUUAGUGCGCUGUAUUACAUGCUAGCAACAUUCAGUCAUCAUGUUUUUUAAUCACCAUCAAUAUUGUCAGCGUCGAAUCGAUCUGUUGCUAAGCUACAGUUUCUUGUUUGAUUAAGGAUAAGCAUCACAUUUCCCUUUGAUAUCACAGUGUAAACAAUCCCCCCAGUCACCAGAUACACUGACACACCCAUGUGCCCCUUCCCCUCCAACAACCACAGCCUCCAAUCAGAUCCUGUCCCUAGGGACGCUUCAACCUGACGCCCAUUAGAGAGCAGUGCAGAUAAUUUAACCUGAUUCUGCUGCCUUUAUCCGAGCCUGCUUUAUUCAUGUUUAUACCCACAGCAUGCACUCCUUUAAAGCAGCGGACCCUGUGUGGGUGUAACUAACUGACAUACUCGACUAUUUAUGAGCUUUUCACAAUCAGGCUCUCACUGCAGGAGGACAAGGUUGACUGCUUUGUGGCAAUCUGCUGCUGAGUGAAGCACUGAAAGGUGUCAUUUUUUUUUAUAGAAAGAAGAGUCAUGUAGUGCAUUUGCUCCUGUCCACUUCCAUUUGGUCUUUUUGCAAAAGAAACCCGGUGUCAUUCAUUUCUGAAAGGAAUGAAAGCACUUGAUCUCACAUUUAAAUUCCCUGGAUCCAGAGUGGCGACUUGGAUCAUGCGCACUCUGUUUAGACAUAACAGUGGGAAUCGAGGUUUUUUAUUUGAGGACUGCUGCUGUUGCUGGUCUGUAAGAGGAGAUCCCUGAGGGCAGGCUUUGUGCCAACAUGCCUAUUGUGAUGCAGGGCUCAGUAAGAGCUGAGGGAUGAUAAUGGACAUGGGGCCAUCUAUCAUGCUAGCUUGGCUAACUGAUGAGAAUCGGGUGAUUAAAUGAAGGGAUCAUGUUGGAAGGUCUAAAAGUCUACAAAGCACUCCAAUCUCCCCCAGACACUUGUCUUGAAUAAUGAACCUUUACCUUGAUUAUAGACUGUGUGGAUGGGGAAUAAAUCAAAGCCUGAAGAAAAUAAACAGCUCAACACGAAAUUAUUAAGACAGCGGCUUUUUUCAUACAUGCAUCCCAAAGUGUUUCAAAAAAUAGGGAAAUAAAAUUACAGAUUGAUAAGAGCAGGUAUAAUUUUUGCAUGUUGAUUCUUUUUUAAUGGAUUUCUUUUUUUAUUUUCAGCACGGCAGAUGAAUAUUCUCCUCAAAGAAAGGUGAGCCUGACUUUGGUAUAUGCUCUCUUUACAACCAGAAGGCUGAAGGACUUAUGAAACAGAAGUGGCUGUCAGUUUCAAGGAACAAGCUGAAGUGUCAGAGCCAUUGUUUUACAUUUCCCGUCAGAGACAUUGUUCUGCAGCACCAGCAAAAUGCCCAAUGUUCACAUGCAAAGUGAAUGUGUGUCAAAAUCACGCAUUUCCCCCUCCUUUUCAGAGCAAAGUGCUUUUCCACCAAUUGAGUCUGAGGGAGAAUGGGCUGCAGCCCAGAGGAACACAGAGGGAGAGCAAGGAAGGUAAGUCAUAAAACAUGACGCUCUGCACACAUUCCUCCCAUCGUACGCAGUUUCUAAAGCUGUUGACUUUCAGUCUGAACUGAAGAACAAUAGGAAACUUUCCAGGGAAUGACGGAGAGGGUUUGGAAAUGCAAAAUUCUUCAGUAAUGACCUCAGACUCCUUUUCCUUGAACUGGAAACCGUUUUUUCAUUCCUUAAAUACAGAAUUAGCAGAUGAAUCUUGUACAAUUUAGUCACACUUUGUUCUUUCAUUCAUUGAUAGAGAGUUUUUACUUCUGGAAAACUAAAAAUCUGGAAAACUUUUUUCGAUAUUUCAUUCCUAAAAACUAAAAUAGUUCUCGAUUUGAAACUUGGACAAAACAAAGUGUCCCUGUCGACCUACAAGGGUUAACUUGAACUGUUCUCCACAGCCAUCAGCAGUUUGUCACUUGGUGGUUACACUGGAACAGUAUAAGGGUCAUUGGCUUUGCUCAAGGUCACCUUAUCAAUGAGGAACACUUCUGUUGUAUCGUUUCUUUUGUGUGACUUAAUUGACACAUUAUUAUAGGUUGAAGGUGAGCUAAAUGGAUAGAAAUCGUGUUUGUACCUGAAAAGCAAUCUCACAUUAACUCUGCUCUCCACUGAACACUGAUGUUGAUUGCUCCUUCUCUAGAUGACCCCAGCCUAAAUGCUUUUCAUCAGUGGGGAACUGAUCAAGACCCUGCUGGGUCUCUGAAAGCCUGGGGGAAAUGUGGGGAAUCAAAUUAUUUGAAAAUGAGCUCAAAUUAUAUAUCUGUAAGGGGAUUCCCAUAGUGUUCAUCUUUGGGUUCUGUAAUCAGUGGUGAAUCCAGACUUUGUUUUACGUAGGUGGCCAAACCAGGGCACUGACUUAUCUUUGUGGGGCGCUCACACCAAGCGUGAGUAAAGUCAUCUACUCGCUUAAUUCACGCCAAUAUAGACGCAUGAAUGAAUAGUAUUUACUCGCUUCAUUUGCGCGUCAACAGUAAUUUCAACUGUAAUCCCUUCCACUUCGACUGGCGGAAUCCAGUGAUAGACAGAGGUCCAGGUAAUCCGACCUCCUCACUCACUUGCUUCCAGGCGAACUCCUUUUUAUUCCGGUUUUGGUAAUUGAAAGAAAAGACAUAUAAUUCAGGGCACCCACACACCAACACGAUCAGUUUGUCCUCCAUUUUAUAUGACAGUGCAUAACAGUCUGUUUUCAUACGUCACCCGGCAACCUUUGUGCUGAUUGGUUAUCACGACGUGAAUAUCCGCUCAAGUUGAGACAUUUUCAGCUCCUCUCAAUUCGCGUCAUUCACGCCACCAGAGUGGUAGGAGUGUCUAAUCGCGUCUUUGCAUUGACUCAACAUGUAAUUUAUUCGCACGAAGGAUUUUAUCUGCGCUUGCUGUGUGGAGACAGUAAGUUUGGCAUGGAGAAAAGUAUGUGUGUAAUUGGAUAUCAUUAGCUUGCUGCAGAACAAAUCUACAUGGGUAAAAAAUACAGUAACCUGAACCUGAGCACACAAGUCCAGAUAGCAUCUACUGAGACAUUUUGUUCAGUAACAGCUACCUUUACCAAAGUGGUUCAAGGCUCAUAUAAUGUAUAUGUUUUUUAAUAUGUUUUAUUUAUUCAACUUUCAAAAGUGACACCACAAAGAAGAGCUGUGCUUAAAGUCCCCCUCCAAUCAUUUUUUACUAUUUAAAAUGUUCUCAGUGGUCUUUAAAUUAUGAUUAUGAAGUUUUUAGUCAAAAUCGCAUUACCUGUGUCAUUUUCAAGGGCUUUUCUUCUGCGGAGCUCCAGUAGAUCAUUAGCAAUUCACCUCUGAGUCGGGCGGAGACAGCACUGCUCUGCACCCUCCUCUCCACACUAGCUUGCAACCUAAGUGCAGCAGAAGUGGCAGGUAACAUAGGAGCUGUUCAGCUUUCAGACACUAGGCAAGGCAAGUUGUCUUUAGGGGGCAUGAUGAAAGCUAAUAUCAUAAUUAGCUUACUUACCAGCAUUGCAAUCUGCUACUGCACACGCUUGUUCUGCCAUCGUCCUCUCUACUUCUCGUAGUCUAGCCUGCAGAGCGGGACUUGUGACAUUGAAAAUUCCACUGUGUCUGAUUCUGCCAUGUAGGUCUGCCAGUGGUUCACAGUGAUUUGAAUGCAGUAAUAGGCCUACUAAGAAAUGCAAUUUUGUUCUCAGUUUUCUCAUGAUAUGUCCUCAAGCAUCAGAAAAAUGCCAUAUGAACAUGUAGACAACAAGAAUAACAUGAUUUUCAUCGGAGCGGGUCUUAAAUUCUUUAAAAUCCAAAACAGAGAUUGUAUAGAGUCACAGUUUAAAGUGCCAACAACAGCUAAUGCACUACACUAAAAUGCAAAGAAGGUACUAAGUGGCAUGUUUCAGUUCAGCUCAGCUAUUCAACAUGAGCCCACCUUUGACAAAGUAAACAGCCAAUGACAGAUUAGAGUUUUAAAACUGGUAAACAAACACAAUCAAGUGAGUACAACUGUGUCAUGAAUCGUUUUGUGAGUAUUAAUAGCACAUCUAUAGACUUGUUCAGGAUUUUUAUAUUGACAAAGAAUUAACAUUUAUGCCUUUGUAACUUUUGAUAGUUCAUUAAACUAUAUUAACACUGAAAUGCAAGAGAAACAGAUGAAUACUGAAACCAGCUUUUAUUCUCUUUGAUUAGUGCUUCCUCUUGUUUCAAAGCUGCCUGUGAUGUUAUGACCGUAUGUCCCAUUCCCCUUUAUGUUCCAUCAUAAGCCCUGACAGAUAUACACACUGAUUCAUUGCAUUCCUGACAACUUCAAAGUUCAUGAGGGUUCAGUAAUUAGUAUGUGUGAAGGUUCGAAUUAGACCUUAAAAUGCAUUGAGGUGGAGACAGACGGUAAAACCAACCGCCUGUUUUUAUUGCCUCAUAAUUCACAUAGAUGGGGCAGAGCAGGACCUUAUAAUAGGAGCAUUUCCUCUGUGUUUCAGUGCUGUGCCAUGUGUACAUCACCAUGGACUCAUACCUGAGUAUGAAGGCCCAGGCAGGUGUAGAAGCCAAGGAGCUUCUGCAGGUGGUGGCAGACAGGAUGGAGGUUCCUCAGGGUGAGCUGGUGCUGGUGGCUGUCACUUACACUGGAGGUAAACACAGUGAUAAUUCACAGCACUACAGUGCAAAUCAAACACCACCACAAACAGCAUGUAGGGCUUACUGAUGAUGUUUUCUCUGUGUAAUAACAGUCUGAGCUGCAUCUAAAAUUUCUUUCAUUUUCAUGCCAUGAGAGAAUUAGCCAGCACAAAUACAGAAUUAUUUCUUCUUUUGAAAAACUAAAAAUAAAUAAAUAACGUGCUCAACAUUGAUCAAAUACCAGUGAGUGAUUCUCUACACAGUAAAUCAGAAAAAGUGAUUCUAAAGUUUCUACGUAAAGAUCUCUUUUUUGGAGAAAUUGUGUUUAAAUAACUUCUUAAAAUAUUCAUAUCUGAUAACACUUUUAUUUUUUUAAUAUUUCAUAACAUUUUUUGUUUAUUUCAUGGAGCCCACCCAUGAAUAUCUGAGAUUGUAAUCAUCUGCACUGACCCAAAUAUCUCCCUGGUUUAAAGAUAAAAGCAUUUUCAGUCCAGUGAUAGAAAGCCGGUAUCUGUUAUCAGUGACUGAAGUGUCUGGCUACCUCAGAGAGAGGGGCUUAUCUUUUUCCACUGAUAGCUGCUUACACGCUGCCCGACCGAUUUUUAAAGACAUAUUCCUCCUGGUGAUAUGUUUUCUCUGCAGGUCGGCUCCUCCUGCAGCCUCAUGACAGAGUUUUCCCUGAUUCUUCACGGCCGGUCGGAAGGCUGCAUGUCUGCAGGAAAGAUCUGGGAGAAGUCCUGGUGAGGAAAUGUGUCACUUUACCAUAAAAAAUUCAGCACAUACAGCAUGCUGUGGUGUCAAAACAGUGUCUUUUUAGAUGACGUGUGCUUUGUGAAGCUAAUAAUGAGCAUAAUAAUAAUAAUAAUAUCUGUAUAAUUCAGCAUGUGUAUGCAUGUCCUCCAUAUGAUGGUGUCUGAAGAAAAACUAGAAGAACAAGCAGUUUGAUGUCUUUUCUUGGGUUUUCCAUCCUCAGAAUCCGUUUACUGACAACUCAGAGCUGCAACAGAGGACGGCUCGCUUGCUCAGUUUAAACACAUGGGACGUGGCUGUUGCUCUCACCAAUUUUGACUGGAUCUUUUUUGACUCAGUACACGAGGUUUGUCCCAGAACUUUAAUCACUGUGUUGAAAUGUUGUCACCCAAAGGCCUAGACAGCCACAGAAGCAUAAGACACACUUGGCCCAGCUUUAUUAAAAGGUCCACAUUGUGUUUUUUUACAGCAAGAGCUUGUCUAUUUCACCUUCAACCGCCAUGGGAGUAGCAGGCACACUGUGGCGCUGGAGCUGCUACUGCAGCGCUGUGAUGAGGUCCAACUGUGGGUGAUGACUGAGGUGCUGUUGUGCCCGCAGCUCUGCAAAAGAGUCCAACUCAUCAAGAAGUUCAUCAAGAUCGCUGCCCAGUGAGUGUCACUAAUUGCAUUUUCAUGAAACAUGGUCACAUACAGUGUCAGCAAACACUACAGAGUGUCAACCCAAAAUCUCAGGAUGCUGCCCCCUCUUGUGGCAAAUUAGUGAACUGCAUAUACUUUUGCACUGGUCAGCUGCACCCCUUUCUGAAACUGAAAUGUAUGAUCUGUUUUUUUUUUCUUUUUUAGCUGCAAAGCUCAGAGGAACAUCAACUGUUUCUUUGCUAUCAUAAUGGGCCUCAACGCUGCAGCUGUUAGCCGCCUCAGUCAGACAUGGGAGGUAAUAAUAUUUUCUUUUUCUAAUAGACAUUAAUUCAUCUGGAGUCAUGUUAAAUCCAAUGUGCAAAAAAAAAAGAUGGAUAAAAAUUUGCUGUCUUUUUGUCUCGGCAGAAAAUCCCAGGGAAAUUCAAAAAGCUGUUUUCAGAGCUGGAGACAAUGACAGUAAGUGAUAUGCAUCACACUCUGCUCUGUAUUCAUCUGUUUUUUAAACACAAAGAACAGAAAACAUGAAGCCACUGUUGUGAGGCAUGUAAACCUUUACGUCUGUAUUAAGAUUAACAGAUGUUUUCAUUUGUGAACAUCAGGAGAAAUUUCAGGUGUUUGGAUGAUUAUUACUCAUCAAUUUUCCUUUAUUUUGGCUCGUACAAAGCUAGCACGCUCAGGCACACACACCCCUCCCCAGAGGAUUGGAUUCAUUGGUUUUGACAAUUUGUUCACAGGAUCCGUCGCUGAACCACAAAGCCUACAGGGACUCCUUCAAGAAGAUGAAGGCACCAAAGAUCCCCUUCAUUCCUCUGCUACUGAAAGGUACACCCAAUAUUCAGUUGCUGAGCUCCCCUGUGACAAAUCUAACUGUAAGACGAGAGUGCUGAAAUUCAUUUGUUAGGCAGCAAAUCCAGUAAGACAUCUGAGCUCCACAAGCAUCUAACAAAGUGUCUGUCUGUCGUAGAUAUCACGUUCAUUCAUGAGGGCAAUAAGACGUUUCAUGACAACCUGGUCAAUUUUGGAAAGCUGGUGAGUGGAUGAAGUGUUUUCUUCUUCAGCACAGAGUAACAUAUUGUGAUUAUGAUCCUGUAUUGUCAAUUUUGUUGAUGCUACUGUGUUUUUUGUUUUUUCAGCACAUGAUAGCAGACACAGUGCGGCUCAUCCGACAGUGUCAGAGAGAUCACAUGGGUCAGUCUUUGUUUAAUGAAGCAAAAUGAGCAAUGUUUGAGGGAUUUUAAUGUGGUAUUCUUGUAUGUUUAAACUCUGUGAUUUUGCUGCAUUUUAAACAUUUGGUAGGAGAAAAACCAACCCUGAAUGUCUCAUCCAGCUGUGUCAAACAGUCAAACAUUUUGCUUACUGCCACUUUUAAGAAUAGUGAAAAUUUUAGAAUAAUUGUUGCACAAAUGUGUGAUCCAAAGGGACAAAAAAGCCUGAUUGUAAAAGGCUGUUUUUACCUUAUUUUGUGGAGGUACAAAGAGAACAGUAUUCAUGGCUGAUGCUUUCUUAUCUGGAGAGUAAAACAUUUCCUUUCCCUCUAGGAAAUGGCAUCAUGCAGAAGAGCAGCCUGGACGUGCGAGCCUACAUUGAUUACCUUCAUAUCAUCGACAAUCAGCAGACUCUGUUUGAACUCUCUCAGCGGCUGGAGCCCCGUGCUUAGAGAGCAGCUCUCCCUGCACUUCCUGCUGUUACAGCAAGACCGCUAGAUUGCCAAGGAACAAUCUGUCACUGUCAUCUGUCUCUCAGGACACAAGGCAGCAGCAUGUGGGAGACUGCAUAACCCCAGCUGACCACAGGGGGGAGCCGCUCUAUCAGGAAUCACCAUCAAGCAGAUGGAAAAGGUGGCAGAUGUCUUAUCUAGGCUUAAGGGGCUUGAAGGAAUCUUGCAACAAGAUCACUGAUACAGAUCACCUAGAAAACAGCCAAGGUUAUCAUCAAACAGUUUAACAGCACAACAGAAGUCUAACUCUCACUGCACUGUUACGAACACAACUCCGCAGACCAGACAACACAGGUGUAGAGCUGCUCUCACAAAGACUCAACAGCUCCUCCCUGUGGAUUCAGUGGCCAGUGCGGGUGAGUAUGUUUGGAGGAGGCAAAGUGCUUCCCAUGAGUUGUAAGCUACAGACAACAAACACACAAAAAAAAUCCAGGUGCUGUUUGUAUAUCUGGCAGCAAAGACUUUGAACAUCCGUCUAAACCAAAGAGUAUUCAAGUCCAGUACUGUCCACACUCUUCUGUCUGUCUGUCCGUCCUCAGAGUUCACAAUCCAGAUACUGUCUCUUCUACAUGUGGGAGAAAGUCUUUAUAAAUCAGCUCAGUGUUUGCACAACAUGCUGAUGUCUCACUGACUAAUAUAGAUCGCAGAAAAAACUGAAGCGAUUAUAAUAUCUGUCACAUUUUCAAGUAUUUAACUGAUCUAUUUUAACACUGAGGAGUAUUUUUCUUUGUCUUUAUCUCUGAAGUGCAGUGUAUUCAUUAAGGAGUCACACACUUGAUGUUAGAACAGGACAUUACAAUGAAAAAAACUGUCGUGUUUGACAUGAGGUUUAUUCAAAUGUACAUGAGUGCCAAAACUCAUUGAAAUGUCAACAUGUAUGGAUGAUCAAUGUUUGUAUUUUUCAAGAGCUGUAGUUUAAGUCGCGCUGUAGACAAUCAGUUCACCUAAUCAGAAGACCCACACUGAUGCUUUUCUGUUUUGCUAUUUAUUUACUAAAAGCUGCUCGCCAAGUCAAGUACUCCACUACCAAGCAGCAGUAAAUCUCAAUAAACUUGCUAAAGUCUAUGGGGGAGGAAAAUGGUGUUUGUUUUUAGCUGAACUAUACCUUUAGUCAAAGAGCAAUAGCCAAAUUCAUUUCUAAAGCACCUUCUGAUAAACAAACAGUAGAAAGAACAAUUGUAUAGUGUGAAGUUAUAGAAAACAUGAUAUUUACUGUUUAGAUUUGAUGGCAGAUAGCUCUCACUCUUACUGCGAGGUUAGGCCUUUUGCGGUAGAUGCUGUUAAAGUAUUAAAGAUGGAAUUUAAUUUCACUAUAUUUGUACAUUUUUAUUUGUAUAUUUGGGAUUUUAAAGCCAAUUUUACACAGAAAAUGUGCACUUGCAUCUUAUUUCAGUUUUGAGCAACACUGUACAACUGAACCAGUCUAUCUGGUGUAUAUUUGUUGAAGUCCUGAAUAAGGUUAUUUAUUUACUUCAUGGUUAUUUAUUUCCUCUGUACAUAUGCCAUUUGAUUUCAUGUUUGGUUUUGUAUGCACUGAAUGGCUGGUCUGCAUGAUGUGGCAAACCAUGGAUUGACCAACACUGUCAGCUGUGCAUGUAAUAAAAAACUUUUUUUAUCUCAUGGGUCCGGAA